AUGCGAACACUUCCAUGGUCUCUUUGUUAUCUUAUACAUGCAAUACUGGCCAUUAGUGCACAAGAGUCACUUAUUCUCAAUACCUUGUAUUCCUUUUCCGGAGCCUCUCUGUCUAGUGAUCCCACAUUUUCUCUUCCACAGGCUCAGCAGCUGACGGUAUCCGUCGCCAUUUGCUCGACCGGAACGACAUCUCCAGUAUUUUUGGUGAAUAACAACACCGCGUCUACAAGUACCACCGAUGUUUUUGAAAUUCCAUUGCAUAGCGGAUUCGGGAACUGGACUGGCACUGUACAACAAGGUGGAUCAUUAGUUGUACAAAAUGUCGGUCAGACCUCAUUCCAAGUUGCCGCAUCGACAGGAGCUCUUGUGCAUGAACUAAUUCCUGCACUCCCGUUCCUCGGAGACACUACCAAUACUCAGGCUCUGAUAUUUUCGCCUCCAAUCUCACCCAUCGAAUCCUUGCCGUCCAUGUAUCCCAACUACACACUUCCUCCUGCCAACCUUUCAACUCCUUCACCGCCAUCAUCACCUCCCGCAUUCUCUCUCGUCAUUGCGCCUACUUCCUCUGGUCUUGCAUCUGGCAUGCAGACAGCGUGUAGCAUCAACUCUACUUCCUCCUCAGGCUUGGUAGUAAGCAACGAUCUCUGGCUGCGCAAUAAUCACGGGUGGAGGUCUCAGUGGCUUAUUGACGACUUAACACCGAGCACGAACUACACUGCAUAUGUUAUCCAGGACCAGGUAAAAUUGAGCGGACCGAUAUAUUUCACUACAAAAUCUCCGUCAUUCCCCUGCCCCCUCGUGCACUCCCUUCCAUUUUGCCCAUCUACAUCGUACGCUGUUCCUCUUCCCUUCCCCCAAUCCCCCGCAUCAUCCUACGACUCUUCAAAUCUCCCACAGAACGUAUCGGAUCCCCUUCUUCAGUAUAUGACCAACUUCACGACCAUGCUUCUCACAUUUCCAUGCGGGCGUGACCUAUACUCUCCCUUGCAGACCUGUGAAAGCUGCCAGGAAGCAUACCGCACUUGGUUAUGCUCCGUAUCCUUCCCGCGAUGCGCCGAGCCCCCGUCAGGUUCUUCGCCAUCAUUCCCAACGCCAGCAUUGACUCUGCCUCAGAGCGGCUCGAACACACGCAACCAUUUCCUGCCCAAUGUUACAUUUUCAUACCAGACGGUUUUGCCUUGUUUGGAAGUUUGCAGUGCUGCUGAUCGUGCAUGUCCAAAUUUCUUGGGAAUCAAGUGCCCGACUCCACGGUUUAAUGCGGCAUCGAGCUAUGGUGUCGGAUUUAUCGACGACGGGGAACAGGGUGUGCUUGGCGGUGGGAGUACGGGUGCGGCGCAAGAUCGGUGGGGAAACGUGUGGUGUAACCCUAGUUGA